UCACCAAAUUCUGCUGCAUGGGGGAGGGCCCACUGCUCCUUUUAUUAUAAAUAACUCCUUUGAUUCAAUCUCAAGCUCACUCCUCAGUCAUUGCAUCCUCCAUAGCCCUGGAAACUGCCUUUAAACUCCAGAAUUCGAUACCCUCUUGACAGAAGGAAAGGAGAACAUGGGGAAGAGAGGGGAGGAGCAACAGCCAUUUGACCAUUUUUAAUUCUAGUUGUCACAAAGGACAAUGGACAAGACUACGAAAGAGAAUAAACAAACAAUUCAGAAGAGUUCUGUGGAGGAGCAAACAAAUGAUGAGAAAACAAUUCCAGAAUGGAUCACAACUAAAAACAAAAUCGAUGAUAAUAGCACUGACAUCGUGAAUAAGGUGUUGCUCCGUAUUCUGGAAAAGGCGAAAAAAUACUAUGAUGAUGAUUCCUUUCGGAUACUUUUGAGGAGACUACAUGUCAAUGAUAUGUCUAUGGGUAAUUAUGAACCAAUGGUGGUCAGAAUUGGUCUAAAUAAGUGGGACACAGCCGAGGCAGACGUAAUGGAGUCCCAUAAACUCCGAUACACGUAUAAUUUUUUUGAGCGUACAGAUAUUAAUUUGGAGCAAUUCCUAAGGGCCAAUUUCUCCGCUAUCAUUGUUUCAAUAAUGGAGUCUAAGUUAACCAACAAUCGGAGUAACCUUGAUGAUGAUGUGUUGAUGGAAAUGCUCAUUCUUGAUGGUUGCUUCAUCAUCGAGUUGUUUUUGAAAAACAAUGACUCAAAGAAAAAACACUCUGAUGUACUUUUUUCGUCAAAAUUGCUUCUGAUGGCCUUAUGUCGAGACUUGCUUUUAUUGGACAACCAACUACCCUUCCUGGUCCUCCAAAUCUUGUUCGAAAAAAGUGGGCUUAUGGAGAAAUUGGGUCAACAUGAUGGCUACCACCCCGACCUCAUCGAAUUGGCCUUCAAGUUUCUAAAGCGUAUUCUUCCAACCAAAAAACUAGACAAAACACUUGUCAGCGAUACCCCUACCGAUCUCCAAAGCGUAGUAUAUGAGGGUUUGAGUUGGUUGAGACUCGAAGCUAAUAAUAAUUCUAAUUCCAACAAUGACCAUGAUGAGGAAGAUAGGGAUGAUAAAUGGGACUUGGUGAAAUCCGCAACUGAGCUUCAUGAGUUUGGAGUUGAGUUCAAAAUGGUGGAUACAGAAAAUUUCAUCGACAUAAAGUUUACGAAAGAGGGAGUAUUGGAAAUCCCACGCAUACUCAUCCGAUAUGGCACAGCAUAUUCCAUCAACAUGCUACUCCAGGUGGAGAAUAAUUUUUUCUACAAUAUUAAUAAUUUGGAUGAGCAAAAGUGGCUUAGCGACUACCUAUGGUUCAUGAACAGCUUGGUGAAAUCCCCUAGUGAUGUUCAAUUACUUUGCCAUGAAAAGAUCAUUGACAACCUAUCGGAGCUACCUGAUGAUGCCGCCAUUCACAAGUUUUUGAAAGAUUUAUACGCGUCUCUGAUGAUCUCUCCUGCUAACUUCAACUACAUCCAAGUUUGCAAGGAUCUGAAUUCGCAUUGCAAACGUCGACAAAACUAUUGGAUGGCGAUAUUGAAGAGGGAUUACUUCAGCAGCCCGUCGACAAUUAUCUCCUUCUAUGCUGCUUCCCUGUUACUUGUUCUCACUAUUGUGCAAACUGUAUUUUCUGUUGCCUCAUACUACAAAGAUCAGGGCGGAUCGCGUCGCGGGGGGUAGGCGCGGGCUACAGCCCAUGCCCACUCCAGCCCUAACCCAAAUCUGUCAUGGGAUUUGUACCAUUGAAAGCUGAAAUGAUUUUUGGAUUUGGAGACUAGUCCUCUCCCAGAUCCAUCAUUAGAUCCAUCUUUGACAAAGAUGGCUAGCCAAAACUAGUAAUUAAAUUAAAUGCACAUACCUUCAACUGUUUCUUAUAUAAUAAAUCUUGUGUGUGUGUGUGUGUGUUGUUUGUUGAAAAUUAAUUUGAAUUUCUUAUAUAAUAAAUCUUGUGUGUGUGUGUGUUGUUUGUUGAAAAUUAAUUUGAAUUUCUUAUAUAAUAAAUCUUGUG